CGCAAUUUAUGUAGACAAAGCCCAAGACCAGGAGAGACGGUGGAAACCCGCUGGAAAGGCCGGAACACGUCAAGCCACAGCCGCAAUGGCCGGGUGGUCGUUCAGGGACUCGAUUGGUCCCUUAAGGGAAUUUUGGGGUCAGAUUUGAUCAUGCUGUUAGUCUGCAUUGCGUAGAAGGUGCUGUAGCUCGUCUGUAGUUUACUUGGCAGAGCCAGAGACUGCGUCACUGCGUAAUACAUACCGACCGCACCCAAUCUACCACACCCACUUUUAGAAAUGCUAGGUACCUAGUUAUGGGUGCUAGGCUGAGUGAGCUGUAGACCGGGCUAGAAACGGGCUUGACUUUUCAAACCACCAUUUCCUGUUCUUCCAACAUCGUCACAACUAUCGCGACAAGUGAGCUCUUUUGCCCACUCGACCUCGCUCCAUCUUUCGCUCCUUAGAAGCACUUCUCCCCCCGGCAGAAUUUUGUGUUUGCCCCGGCUCAGCUUCUUCCAAUCGUGACGAUUUAUUUCAACACGAAGCGAAUUGUCGACUCCUGACGCCGUAAACCCACGAACUUGACCCAGGUCUGCGCAACGACGUCACAGGUCGCUUGGAGCAAAUUUUUGGGAACAGGCAACUGUCUUCUUCACCACAGCUUCACUCACUGCUGCAAUCGCGUCAGCGACUCGAGCAUAUCGCCCAUUCGUCAGCCGACGACAACCUCAUUGCCAACCUUCUUGGCAAUAAUCAACAAUAAAAACCCUCCAACGCCUUUUUCGGCGUAUUCACAUACCAAAUAUCAACAGAAAUGGCUCGUCCAAAGAGAGGGGUUAGGUUCCCCAACCGCAACGGCUCUGAUGGACGAAGAUCAAGCUUCAGCAGCGAGGACGGUGGCUCUCCCACCAAGCUCAAGUCCCAAUCUUCGGGGCAGUUGGAAACAGUGGACGAGAAGCAGCCCGCAGUUAGCGAAAAGCAAGCCGAGUACGAAAAGAAAAAGGCCAACUUCAUAACGCGCACUUUCUGGACCUUUGUCAUGUUUGCGCUCUUCUUCGCCGCGCUUUUCAUGGGUCACAUCUACAUCAUCUGCAUCAUCACCGCUGUCCAGAUCGUCUCCUUUAAGGAAGUCAUCGCCAUUGCCAAUGUUCCCAGCCGCGCCCGCUCCCUGCGAUCUACUAAGAGUCUCAACUGGUACUGGCUGGCGACCACCAUGUACUUCCUCUAUGGCGAGACGGUCAUCUACUACUUCAAGCAUAUCAUUCUGGUUGACAAGGUCCUGCUACCUUUAGCUACUCACCACCGCUUUAUCAGCUUCAUCCUCUAUGUUUUCGGCUUCGUUUUCUUUGUCACAUCUCUCCAGGCCGGGCACUACAAGUUCCAGUUCACCAACUUUGCCUGGACACACAUGGCUCUGUACCUCAUUGUGGUCCAGGCCCAUUUCAUCAUGAACAAUGUCUUUGAGGGCAUGAUCUGGUUCUUCCUGCCCGCCGCUCUGGUCAUCACCAACGAUAUCUUUGCUUACAUUUGCGGUAUCCUCUUCGGACGCACUCAACUCAUCAAGCUGUCUCCCAAGAAGACCGUCGAGGGUUUCGUCGGUGCUUGGAUCAUGACCAUUAUUUUCGCCAUGCUCCUCUCCAGCAUCAUGAUGCGAUCCAAGUACUUCAUCUGCCCUGUUAACGACUUGGGCGCCAACAUCUUCACUGGGCUUAAGUGUGAUCCCAACCCGGUCUUCCUUCCCAAGACCUACGAGCUACCCGAGCUGUUCUUCCUCCCCGACACUGCGAACUUCUCCGUUACUAUUGCUCCCAUGCAGAUCCAUGCCCUCAACUUGGCUACCUUUGCCUCUCUGAUCGCUCCCUUUGGCGGGUUCUUUGCUUCAGGUCUCAAGCGCACUUUCAAGAUCAAGGACUUUGGCGACUCUAUCCCCGGACAUGGAGGUAUCACUGACCGCAUGGACUGCCAGUUCAUCAUGGGUUUCUUCGCUUAUAUGUACUUCCACACCUUCAUUGCCAUCCACAAGGUCAGCCUUGGCAGUGUUCUGGAGACCGCAAUUACCAGCCUCAACCCUGAUGAGCAGCUCGAGCUCGUCAAGGGAAUGGGCCAUUAUCUCCGAAAUCAAGGCAUCCUAGCUGAAGACGUAAGUGCCUGCUUCUGAGUCUUUGCUACAUCUUGCUCACAAACGACAGGCUGUCACUUGUCUCGAUAAGCUCCUGCCGGUAAAUCAAUGAGUUCUCAACGAACAGCUCAGGUCUUUUACAAGGCACAUUUUGGUCAUAUUCAACUGGGUAUAUAGUCCCUUUUCCACUCACCUUGGCGUUUUCCUUAGUCAUAGAGCUUUAAACUGAGCUGUGCGUCUCCGCAUAUUAUCGGGAUCUGUACGGUUCAAUCCAACUAUUGAGCUGUAUUGUUGGGUAUCGGGCAGCAAAGACUUUGUGCCCUGGUUUACAGGCGCUGUCGGUAUUAUGUAAUGAGCAAAUAAUGUCCAUAUUUCAGGGGAAGGGUAGCUGUGAGUAUAGACCCUUGUUGUCGAGGUUUAAGUCGUCAAAGCCUGGUGGGAAAUUCUACAAAAGUAUUCAACAUCCACUCUAGAAGUAUUGCAAACUAUAUGCAUCAUGUGUAUGAUUCAAUCUACCUGUAGUGUCCGUGCGCCACUCAAUGGGCUUCUAUGUCCUGUUUUCCAUUUUCAAUCUUGAUCCUGUGCAGCUUAUUCUUACAGUCUUCUUCCUAUUCGAUCUUGGUCUCCC